GUACUGUCAACAAGCUGGCUUUACAGAAGAAGAAAUGGAUAUUAUUUGUCAGCCAUUGGUGGCUGCCAUGCGUCGUUCAUGGCUACAAUUAGUAUUUCGGGUGACAUUAAUUUUGAUCGUGCUUGGAACCAUAGCUUGUUUGGCCGCUCAGCUGGAUUUUGUUGGAGCACACUUCUCUGCUAUUGGGAGAUUAAUGAUUAUUAAAUUUCUGCCACUAUGGAAUUGGCAGCCUUUAUACUAUGAAAGCUGUAUGAGCAAUAAUCCAUUCUAUAAUGACUAUACCAUUACCGAAGAAGAUUGUGUGACAUGUGAAGCAUUAGAAACAAUUGAUCGCCUAUCGGAUGUGCGUUUUCGACAAUUGGUUGACAAUUAUCUCAGUCGUGAUGCUCCUGCUAUCAUUACCGACGCAAUGGAUUCCUGGACAGUUAUGAACACCGACUAUUUUUGGUUUGACAAUAUCACUCAUCUCUAUUUGGAAAACGAGCGUUUAAUGGAAACAGUACCUUGCGCUCUGACUUCAAAUUUGCGGACGGGUUCGUCCGAUUUGGCAGCCUUUUUACGUCGAGUGCAUUCUCCUGAAGUGGCCAAGUGGUUUGUGCAUUGGCAGAACUGCGACAUCAAUGCCGUAAAGGUUCUUCGAAAUCCGAGUUAUAAAAAGGUAGAGCUGGAUUCAGGUCUCAUAGCCCUUGCGCAAUUACGAGGUGCUACGCAGCUCAGAUUAACUCCAAUUAAUCCAUGUAAUAGUUCGUGUUCCGAACUGAUUGCAGACCUUCAUCAGGGCGAAAUGUUGGUUUUUACGAAUUUAAUGUGGACUUUGGAAUACGCUCCAAUGAGGGGUCUUGACAACAUAGCCAUUCUCACGGAAACCGUAUGGGAGAACACCUAAACAAAAACGACAUAUUAAAAGUUUUUGACAUCGGUUUGCUGCUAGUGACAUAAUGAUUACAUAUAAAUGCAAAACCGUCUUAGUAUGAAAGAAAUACACCAUUUCAUUGUCUCCAGAAAUUGUUCAAUGUGUUGUUAUUUCAUAAACAUUCUAUAUUCCCGAAUAAUGUCGCAGUCGCAAC